CCCCGCAGGCGUCGGCCUCCGCCGUUUUUAAUACCCCUCGUCGUCGUCCGUCGACAUUCCAUUCGCCUCUCCCUCCUUCCCCCAUCUCUUUCUCGCCGUUCCACCUCUUUCCGCUGAUAAGCACGCCGCUUCCUCCAUCCAUCCAUCCACCCGCCGCUUUUCUGCUUUGGAGAUUGGAGAGGAGCUGAAGCGCACGCAGUGGUUGCUGUGCCCGUCCUCCUCCACCGGUCGGUCGGCGGUGGACUUGAGGUUUCUUCGUCGACGGUUUCGAGAGUUGAGGAAAUGUCGACGACGGAGUGUUCCGACCUCGGGGAGGAGUUCUGGCUGCCCGAGGAGUUCCUGGACGACGACUUCUUCUCCGAGGAGGAGAAGGCGGCCGUGGCCGCCAGGAGCGAGAGUGACGAGGAGGACAGCCUGGCGGGGCUCUCGCGCCGCCUCGCGGGCCUCCUCGGUGACGACGGCGAGCGGAAGCCGCCUACCGCCGCCAAGCAGGCGGAGUUGACGGUUGGGUCACCGCAGUCGACGCUGUGCGGGCUUCCCAAGUCCGGGCAGGAGAGCCCCAACGGCGUUGCGUCCAAGGGCACGUCGCCGCCGUCGUCGCCGCUGGAGCAGAAGCCGGCAGACCCGUGGGACCUCUUGUACGAGGCGGCCGGCCAGGUCGCGCGCAUGCGCGCCACCAACAGCAUCCCGGUGCCGGCCAACAACGCUUACGGCUUCGGCCAAAGCGGUUUCGCGCCGCCGGCGCGCAAGCCCUCGCCACCGCCUAUCGCUCCGCCCUCCGCCAAGGUUCCUGCUGGCGGCGGGCAGGGCCACUACCACCCGUUCGCGCACUUGGUCUCGCAGCGCCAGAUGCAGGCUGCACAGUUCCAUCUCCUGAAGCAACAGCAACUGCUCAAGCUGCAGAGGGAGCGCCAGCAGCUUGCUGCCGCCGCCGCGUGGAGCGCGCGCCAGGGCGCCUGUGCCAAGGCCGUCGGCGGAGGCGACGCGCCGCUUGGUCUGAACCCGGCGGCGUGGCCCCCGCUUCAGAAGCCGCCGCAGCAGCAGCACCAGGCGCCGGUGGCUCCUGCCUCGGGCAUGCGUGCCGUGUUCCUCACCCCGCCUGGCGCCAAGCGCGAGCGUAACGGCACUGGGGUGUUCCUCCCCAGGCCAGCCGGCGCCCCGGCGGAGCCGAAGAGAAAGACAGGGUGUUCGACGGUUCUCGUUCCCGCUCGCGUCGUCCAAGCUCUGAACCUCAACCUUGAAGACCUCGGCGCGCAGCCUCGCUACCCUGGUGGCUUCGUUCUUGAUCACGAUGCCUUGAUUAGUCGGAGCAACGCCAUGCUUGCGAGCCAGAAGCGCCGCGCGGCGUCGCCGGCAGUGUGCCACAGCUCUUGAGUUCAGUCGCCGGCCGGAUGGAGGAGACGAAGGCAGUCGCCAAAGAUUCCGGCGACACCCUUCGUGUGUCCGUCAUCACUCCAGUUAAUCCUAAUAAUAAUGAAAGAAACUACUCUAGUUCGAGUACCUUUUGUUAGGUAGUGUGUUAGCAGCAGAGUUAGGAAGGGCAAUAGUAGUGUUAGCAUCAGUGUUAGGUCUGUUCAUUUUGGAUCCGGUGAUAUAUUGGUUUUUUUGGUGUGGACGGAAAGCGGUGGAGACGGACGACGAGCGGCGAAGAAGAAAACCAUGUCGUCCUCCCAGUUUGGUGGUUGUGGUUAGGGGGGAACAAUAAUAAUAAAAUUGGUUUGAGAGAGGUGUUAGCUGCUGCAAGAACAAGAAGGCCUGCAUUGCAAGAAAGUAUUCAUGGGGGGUUUAUCUUGGAGAUGAAAAGAAAAGAAGUGGUCAUUUCCCCAUCCAUCAAUGGCUUGCUUGCUUUGGGUGCUACCAGCAGUCCAGCACAUACCCAGCUAAGGCCUCUCUUAAACCUCUUUUUUGCAACUUUUUUACUUGCAAAAGAAGCUUGCCGUGGGCUCCAUGAAUAAGGGCGUUUGCUUUGUUAUGCUAGAAGUAUUAUCAAAGGAUUUCAUUUGUGUUUCUCUUGUACCAGGGCUAGCUAGCAGCAGCAGCAGUAGUAGUAGUAAAAGUGUCCCAUGACUUUCGUUACAAGGGUCAUUAGGAGUGAAGUGGCUAGUUGCUUAGCAGCUGCUUGUUGCAGGCUUGCAGUGUCAACAGCAGCAAAAAUAUAUAUAUAUAUUUCUUGUGUACUUACUACCUGUCCCAUGGCAUUGUGGGCCAUUAAUAUAUGGAAUUUCAUUGCUUAA